AUGACCCCACCCCUUAUUUUGGACAUACGUACGUACGUACAUACCUGUACUGUACCUGGUCGAUCAAAGACUCCAGCUUACUUUGGAAUAUUGACCACUGGCCCCUAUAUCUGUGCCCCCAGACUGGGCCCAGUGCCACUCCCCCAGCCCCUCCUUCCUCACCUACACAGCCUAGCAGAGAGCACGGACGUACGUCACAUGGGUUGCAAUGAUAAAAGAGGUGACAAGAAAAUAAUGGCACGAAAUGGGUUUCAAGUGAAGGCUUGGAUGUGGACUGACUGCUCUCAGAGUCAGGAAGACAGCAAAACUGGAAUGGGCUAGGUGUGAGGGCUCUAUAUUGAUUGAGCUAAGAAAGCCUCUGGACUUUGGCAAUGAUGUAAGCCUCUGGACUGGCAAUGAUGGGUUGCAAUGAAAAAAGAGGCGACAAGAAAAUAAUGGUUGGCCUCAAACUCGAGGGUUUCAAGUGAAGGCUGGUUGCUGUGGAUGUGGACUGACUGCUCUCAGAGUCAAGAAGACAGCAGAACUGGUUGAUGUGCAUGUCUCAAGCAAGAGUGGGGUGAACUAAGGAGGGGGAUGGUCUCAAAAAGAUAGCCAGCUGCUCGUGAGGUACGAGAGAUCAAUUCUCGGAGCUACUACACUAAGAGAUUGGAACAAUAGGCUUGAAUGGACUUGUUUUCCAAUACUUGCACCCACUUUAGCUGUGAACAUUUGAAUCUGGCAACGAAGCCAUCAACUAUAUGUAUUACAUUGUGCUGUGUACCGUAUCUAGCAGGUAUGGUAGAAAUUUUUGUGUUACAGAGUAUCAUCGAAAAUUAUUGCAAUAGGUUCAACGUCA